GUUUCCGACGCCGCCCGACCUGCUGACGGCAUCAGCGUCCAUCCUCCGGCUGAUACACACACAGGUAAACCAGACGUCUCACCGUGCGAUACUGCCCAAACUCUCAAACCUCUGUCCAAACGCUUGUUUUGAUAAGUCUGAGUAGAAAAGAAAUCCCAGCGGAGAAUGGAGAGUGCGAUCAUGACGACCGGACUCUGCACGACCACCACCGGGACCGUGUCGGGCAUGUUCCCGGUCUGUCGUCCCCUGGCCGCCGCCGCCUACUUCACCGUCCCCGCCCGCAUCAUGGACCUGGGCGCGCUGGAAGCCUUCCGAGCUCCCGCCGCCGCCGGUGCUGCGACAGCUCUCUUCAGACCGACCCCGACGCCCCUCCGUCCGUCCCCGGCACCGUGCGGCGGCAUGUCCUUCAGCAUCCGUUCCAUCCUCGGCCACCAGUUCGACCACGCGGCGACCGGCGACGUCAAGUCGGAGGUCCCCGGGAAGAACCUCGCGCCGGCCGCGGAGCGACAGACCGCCACUCUCCUGGACAGACUGGUCGGCGAUCCCGACACCAUGGCUUCUCCAGCUCUCCAGUCUCCUCAACCGUACAGCUUCUUACAGACGACUCCUAUACGCGAGGUGAAAUCCUUGGGUUACAAGACCAAAGGCUGCCCGAUGGCGAGUGAGACUUCGACUGAGAAGGACGGCAAGUCGCGGAAAGGGAAGCGGAUACGCACCAUCUUCACCCCCGAGCAGCUGGAGCGGCUGGAGCGGGAGUUCUCCCGGCAGCAGUACAUGGUGGGCUCCGAGAGGUACCACCUGGCCGCCUCGCUCAACCUCACGGAAGCGCAGGUGAAAGUGUGGUUUCAGAACAGAAGGAUCAAAUGGCGCCGACAGAACUACGAGCAGCAGCAGGCCCGCCUGGCGCGGCUCUCUUCCCACACAAGCUCCGAGUCCGACUCGGGCCCGGAGUCUCCCGCUCCUUCCGCGCCUCCUCACCAACACACCACGGGCAGAUAGACACGCGCGUGUACUGAUCACGUAGCAAGUAAGAGUAGAGCUUAGAGCGACACGAACUGCACUCGGUUCACGACUCGACACGGAUCCAUGACAUGAUAUGACCGACCCGUAUUACUAGUACUAUGUACUAAGACCUGCUCACAUAACAGUCGUACUUGUACAAUCGCAAACUGAGGUCAUUCUUGGGAUAGCCGUGCACAUAUUCUGCAAAAUUCGACUGUCUUGUUUCUUUAGAGGCCUUAGAUUAUUGUCGGCAGUUGGUUCUUUCACAGCUUGCCAGGCUUAAAAUUCCACGGCAUCAAAAUCGUACGACGAUCUGCACUGUUGUUUGUAUUAUAUGUAAACCACGAAAGAAACGUUCCGUAUUUAGUGCAGUUGUAGCAAUGUACAGUUUCGCCCAUUAGACCUAUUCCAAUAUUGCUGUAUCAAAUGGGCUAGUGAGUGUUUUCUUCAUUUGUUGUAAAUUUAUAGAGCAAUUCUCAUACAAGAACAGUGUUGGUGACAAGCAAUACCUUCCAAAGUGAGUUUAACAAAACAUCAAAACACCGACAAAAAUAUUUAAUGAUGUCCAAUGGAUUAUUUUUGAGAAGGUAUUAUGAUGUUAAUGUGCCAUGGCCAUUUUGAAAUCUAUUGCUGCAUUGUUACUUGUUUAUCCUUGUCAAUGCGAGAAGAAGCUAUCUUUGAAACCAGGUAUCUGGAAAGUCAGUAUCUGGGAAUAUUCCUGAAUAAAGAA